CUGUCGGGGUCUGUACAUUUGAAAAUAAAUAGAUAAAGCCUACUAUUGGGAACAUGUAGGUGAGCUUGGGCAACUAAGGGCCUACAGCCCUUUGGAAUGGAUUUCCUUAUUGUCAUGUGAUGGAGGUGGGGCCGGGUAGGUAGGUGGUUGAAGCCGGAAGAGGAAACCCAGAGAAUUCCCAAUCAGCCGAGAUGAGUGGCUUAGGGAAGCUCUUCGGAAAGGGCAAGAAACCCAAAGCACCCACCCCGCAGGAAGCCAUCCAGAAACUGCGGGAGACGGAAGAGGUUCUGGUCAAGAAGCAGGAAUUCCUGGAGCAAAAGAUUCAGCAGGAGCUCCAGUCGGCCAAGAAGCAUGGGACCAAGAACAAAAGAGCGGCCCUGCAGGCCCUCAAACGCAAGAAGCGCUACGAGCAACAGCUGUCCCAGAUCGACGGGACUCUCUCCACCAUCGAGUUCCAGCGGGAGGCCCUUGAGAACGCCACCACCAACACCGAAGUGCUCAAGACCAUGUCGGAUGCCGCUCGCGCCAUGAAAGAGGCCCAUCAGCACAUGGACAUCGACAAGGUGGACGACCUGAUGGCCGAGAUCACGGAGCAGCAGGACAUCGCUCAGCAGAUCUCGGACGCCAUCUCCAAGCCUGUCGGCUUUGGGGACGACGUGGAUGAGGAUGAGUUGCUGGCCGAGUUGGAAGAGAUGGAGCAGGAGGACCUGGACAAGGAGCUGCUGAAUGUCGGGGAGCCAACCCCAGAGCUUCCCAGCGUGCCUGCCUCUCAGAUCCCCCGUGUGCCAGCCUCCAAAGUCCCGGCCUUGGCCACUGCUGUGGAAGACGAGGAUGACGAAGAAAUGAAGCAGCUCGCCGCCUGGGUGUCGGUGAGGGAGCGCGACUUGGUGCUGGGCGUGUUGUGCUUGGCGCCCUCGGUGGUGCGCGGGCCACAGAUGGCCUCCAGGGCUUUGAUCUCGGUGGUGGGCUUCUCUACCAGAAACUUCAGCACCCAGGAGACCUUCAGCACUUCCAAAAUGUUGAGGCGCUUUGAGGCUGGGCGCAGGAUGCGGUGGGAAGCCUGGCCAGAAGAAAACGGACUGCUCAACCCCCGGUUUUGCUCUCUCCGGGUUCUUGCCCGGAAGAAGCCAAGCCACCGAAGCGUCGCUCCACCGCCAACCUCCCCACGUCGUAGGGUCGAGGGACGCCUGGCCCGGCCUCCCAACAAGCAUGCUUGCCUUGAUCUCCUCAUUGAUCUGGAGAUGCGCCGGGAAGGUCACCUCUUUCUGGGUCUCCCGGAGCAGCUUCUUGAGGUUGCUGUCAUCAAAGGGCAGGUGGGCCACCACCAAGGUGUAGAGGAUGACGCCCAUGCUCCAGAUGUCGGAGAGGAAGGGGUUGUAUGGCAGGCCCAGCAGGAUCUCCGGGCAAGCAUAGGCGAAGCUGCCGCAGUAGGUCUGGCUGAGGUGGGAGAAACAGCUCAUCAUGCGGUACGAAGCCGUGGUGGCCGGCUGCGUCUGGCCCGACACCAUCUUGGAGAAGCCGAAGUCGGAGAUCUUGAUGUUUUCCCGCUUGUCCAGGAGGAGGUUUUCCAGUUUGAGGUCCCUGUGGGGAUGAACCGGGGCGGCGGGAAGGCCAGGGUAGGCGAUGCCCAGAGCCAGCUGAGAGAACCACUUGCCCGCGAGGGACUCAGUGCACGCGCCGGACUUCUGGAUCCAUUCCAGGACGUCGCCGCUGGGCGCCAGCUCCAUGAUGAUGUAGUGCCGGGAGGUCGUCUCUAUGGCCUGGUAGAAACUGAUCACGCAUUGCGAUGGGCGGCCUCUGGGGUUAAGCGAGAGCCCACUCUUCUCCUUCUCUUUGCAGCCCGGUUUGCUGCUCAGGGCGACCCUCCUCUUUUUAUUUUUAUUUUUAAUUAUCCCCACCCCACCUGGGCGAAAGGAGUUGCAAGACCUGCAGGCAGCGCCUCGGGCAGCCCUAGGAAGGCAGCCCAGCUCCCACCCCCUCCCUUAUCCCACUACCACCCUAUAAUGGCCCAGCAUUUGUCCCAAGCCCUUCUUUUUUCCCUCCUUUCCCUCUUGUCCGUGGCUUCUUCGGAGUCUCACUAUCAGCGUGGGGAAAAGGUGAUGUUGUACGUCAACAAAGUUGGGCCCUACCACAACCCACAGGAAACGUACCAUUACUACCAGCUUCCCGUGUGCUCCCCGCCUAAUAUCCGCCACAAAAGCCUUACACUGGGGGAAGUUCUGGAUGGAGACCGCAUGGCCGAAUCCAUGUACGAAAUCCACUUCCGCGAGAAUGUCGACAAGAAGAUCCUCUGCGAAAUGGAGCUCUCACCAGAGAAGGUGGAGCACCUGCGUCAAGCCAUUGAGGAGCUCUACUACUUCGAGUUUGUGGUGGAUGACCUGCCACUUCGUGGCUUCGUGGGCUACAUGGAAGAGAGCGGGUUCUUGCCGCACACGCACAAGAUCGGCCUCUGGACCCACCUGGAUUUCCACCUGGAGUGGAACGGGGACCGCAUCAUCUAUGCCAACGUCAGCAUCCGCAACGUCAAGCCCACCAGCCUGGACGACGUUCAGGGUGUCCUUUCCGUCACCCACACCUACAGCGUCCGCUGGUCUGAGACCAGCUCGGAGCAGCGAGGUGAGCGCCGGGGGAGCCGCAGCGGGGACAACGGCUUCUUCCCUCGCACCCUGGAGAUCCACUGGCUGUCUAUCAUCAACUCCAUGGUGCUGGUGUUCCUCCUGGUGGGCUUUGUGGUCGUCAUCCUCAUGCGGGUCCUCAAGAACGACCUGGCCCGCUACAACCUGGACGAGGAGGCCUCUUCGUCGUCUUCGGGCGAUGACUUUGACCAAGGGGACAAUGGGUGGAAGAUCAUCCACACGGACGUCUUCCGCUUCCCAGUGUGCCGCAGCCUCCUCUGCGCCGUGCUGGGCGUGGGCAGCCAGUUCCUGGCCUUGGGCACGGGCAUCAUCGUCAUGGCCCUGAUGGGCAUGUUCAACGUCCACCGGCACGGCGCCAUCAACUCGGCCGCCAUCCUCCUCUACGCCCUCACCUGCUGCAUCUCUGGCUACGUGUCCAGCAACUUCUACCGCCAGAUCGGUGGCGAGCGCUGGGUCUGGAACAUCCUCCUCACCACCAGCCUUUUCUCUGCUCCCUUCUUCCUGACGUGGAGUGUGGUCAACUCAGUCCACUGGGCGAAUGGGUCAACCCAGGCCCUUCCGGCCACCACCAUCCUGCUGCUGCUGACGGUUUGGCUCCUGGUGGGCUUCCCCCUCACCGUCAUCGGGGGCAUCUUCGGCAAGAACCGGGCCGGCCCCUUCGACGCGCCCUGCCGCACCAAGAACAUCGCCCGCGAAAUCCCGCCCCAGCCCUGGUACAAGUCGACGCUGGUGCACAUGACCAUCGGGGGCUUCCUGCCCUUCAGUGCCAUUUCUGUGGAACUGUACUACAUCUUUGCUACGGUGUGGGGCCGGGAGCAGUACACGCUCUACGGGAUCCUCUUCUUCGUGUUUGCCAUCCUGCUCAGCGUCGGCGCCUGCAUCUCCAUCGCCCUCACCUACUUCCAGCUCUCGGGCGAGGACUACCGGUGGUGGUGGCGCUCCGUGCUGAGCGCCGGCUCCACCGGCCUCUUCAUCUUCCUCUACUCGGUCUUCUACUACUCGCGGCGCUCCAACAUGUCGGGCGUGGUGCAGACGGUGGAGUUUUUCGGCUACUCCUUGCUCACGGGCUAUGUCUUCUUCCUGAUGCUGGGGACCAUCUCCUUCUUCGCCUCCCUCAAAUUCAUCCGCUACAUCUACGUCAACCUCAAGAUGGACUGAGGAACCCCUCCUCUGCUCUCAUGGGCUGGGGCUGCAACGAUGCUCUGCUUUCCUGUUGGCUGGGAUGGGUGAGACUCAAAGGGGUACCUUCCAUUAAGGAGUUCCCUCAGCAAUUGGCUAGCCUAGGCAUAGCGCGAGAUGUUCUUGCCCCAUGGACUGGGAUCUCAGCUCAGCCCUGAGAACUUGGGCUGCUGAUGACCAAUCUCUCUGUUGGCUGGACUUGCCUGAGAGCUCCCCAGUUCACCACAGCAGUGCUUGCUUUAUUGUCUGGAAUUGGGGGAACUGUAAGCUGUAUACUCCUGUUGGUCAGGGCAACCAGCCAAUCAGUGAGCCAUGUAAAUCUAGCCAGUUAGUAAACACUGCUAUACAGAGUUCUCUCUCCUCCUCCUCCUCCUCCUCCUCUUUAAAUUGGUCAAAACCAUAUUUUUGCACUGGAGUGAGAGCAACAGCGUAUUACUCUCUUUUCAGUAGUUGAAAUGUGACCGGUGAGUGGAGAGGCCCUCGUCCUCUUGGCCCUGCAGUCUGGCCAGUUGACGAAAGCCAGACUUACGGAAGCAGCCAGCCUUUCCUCUCAAAAAGAAAAGAGUUGCUUCCUUUGGCGAGCAUAUCAAAGCUGUGAAGCCUUUCCCACCUUGAUUCACUUCUUUUAGACCUCUUAAGCAAAUGAGUGACAGAUUCCAACCGUUCAUGUCAAAAUGCAAAUUAAAAAACAACCACACCCUGAUCCGUAGAAGGACCGGCAGGGCCGGCCUCACCGGGUCAAGUUGGCCCAACAGCUGGUCCUGCUCUUGGGUUUCUCCCUUUCCAGGAUCCUGAACCUGGAAGAGAGUUUGCUGGGAGCCCCAAAUAUGUUGGGCCUUGUAAUCCAACACAUUUGGAGAGCUCCAGGCUAGGGAAGGCUCCCUGGAGCCUUCCCACUAGGGCUCUGUCCUGGGGACAGAGGUUAAAACUGAUCCCUCCAGAAUAGGAGGGGAAGAGUCUGCACAGUGGUCCUCUUGGAGGUGGGCCCACAUUUUUCCCUGCAGCUUCUCCCUUCUCUGCAUGUUGGAGGGAGCCGAGUAGGAAGCAGGAGGGUGGUUCUGUUAUAACACAGGAGAUCUGGCCUGUUUGGUGAUCUGACGUAAGCGGUCGUUCUCAUCUGGUAAGUGGGCCCAUUUCAUCUCCAGUCAGGGUGUCCCUCACUUCCAGUGUAAACCCUUUCUCUCUGCUCCCCGUGCCCCCCGCCCAUGUCUUUCAUACUCCCAAGGUGCCUGGCAUUGUUACAGUAUGCGAGGGCGAGAACAUGUCUCUUCCCCUCCCACCUGGGUGAAGAAAAUGCCUAUAAUUAUAUAUGGAAGAUAUAUAUAUGAGGAGUUAUGUAUAUUAGCAAGAAUUGAAGUUGGGUUAUUUUUUAAUUUGAUGUUUUGGUUUUGUUUCUGUUUGGACGGUUUCUUUUUACAGAUCUUGAAAUUAAACUUUAUUAAUAAAAGAAAGCUUAAAUGCA